AUGCAUAUUCCAUAUCACUAUCUAUCUAUCUAUCUAUCUAUCUAUCUAUCUAUCUAUCUAUCUAUCUAUCUAUCAUGCUUUUUGUUGCGAGAAAGUUACCAUUUUACAUUUUGGCUUCUGUAUGUGUUCUACCUUUAUUCAUAUCUAUCUAUCUAUCUAUCUAUCUAUCUAUCUAUCUAUCUAUCUAUCUAUCUAUUAUUGUUUUCAAACAUCUAUCUAUCUAUCUAUAUAUCUAUCUAUCUAUCUACCUAUUUCUUAUUGUUUUCAAAUAUCUAUCUAUCUAUCUUAUUAUUUUCCAAUCUAUCUAUCUAUCUAUCUAUCUAUCUAUCUAUCUAUCUAUUAUUGUGGAUCCUACCACAACAAAUAUCUAUCUAUCUAUCUAUCUAUCUAUCUAUCUAUCUAUCUAUCUAUCUAUCUCUUAUUUUUUUCAAAUAUCUAUCUAUCGCUCAUUGUUUUCAAAUCUAUCUAUCUAUCUAUCUAUCUAUUAUUAUUAUUAUUUUCCAAUUGAUCUAUCUAUCUAUCUAUCUAUCCAUUUAG